GUUCAGCCUAUAUGAAUUGUUCGUCGUCUUUAUAUAACAUUGUUUAUUCGAGUGACAUUAAUUUAAAAGACUUUCAUUGUAAAAUAUGAUUCUUAAUAGGGUACGAGAAGUAACGGGGCCAACGCCGCAUUCAGUUGCCGUGAGAGGGAAGUUACCAUCAUCGAAACCUGUCGACCACAUUAUCCUGGAAAGGAGAAAGAAAGAAGAAGCAUAUGAAAAGCUUGAGGAUUUCACCCGGUAUCAGAAGACCUGCGACCUGAAGAAUAACUGGGAGAAGACCACGGGGAAACGCAUUGUGCUGGGAACCAUCCGGAGGCGGGUGCAGGAUGCCCUGGAGGAACAUCGAAUGAGCGUUGAUGAUCGGAGAGAGAGACUGCGAGACCUGCUGGAAGCGGAGGAGAAACAGCUUCUCCAGGAGAUGGAGGAUAAGAGGGAGACGGCGAUGGAGAGACAGGAAAAAAUGAUCAGGAGAGCGAAGGAACUGAAGGAGAGAAGGGAGAGCGACAGACAGAGAAUGGUGACAGAGAAACUGGAUCAGCUUUUUAGGGAGCAGUGUGAGGAGCUGCGGGAGGUGCAGACGCAGCGUCUGCGCGAGGCCGUCUGCGCAGAGCGGGCCCACCAGCUGCGCAGCCAGGACCAGGAGAAGCAGCAGCUGCAGGAGGAAGACCGUCUGUACGCCCAGCUCUGGGAGAACGACCGGCUGGCCAAGCAGGAGCGGGAGGAGAAGGAGGCGGAGCUGCGGAACCAUAGCAACCGCCAGCAGGCGGACUUCCUGUGCGUGCAGAUGGAGGCCAAGGAGAAUCAGAGGAUUCAGGACCGGCAGCUCAAAGAGGAAGAAGCCCAGCUGCUGCGCGAGCAGCAGGAAGUGAUGCGUCUGGAGGAGCAGAGGGGCUACAGGCAGAAGGUGCAGAGCCAGCAGCAGACCAGGAGGCAGCUGGAGCUGUCUCUGAGGCAGAAGAUGAGGCGUCUGGCCCGGGAGCAGCAGGACGAGCUGGCCCUGGACAUGAGCAUCAUGAAGCAGCUGACCGAGCUGAAGGACGAGGGCCUGGACCGCCACGAGAGGAAGCUGCAGCUGCGGGCGGAGCAGCAGCGGUACCGGCAGUACCUGGCCGCGCAAUUGGAGGAGCAGAAGCAGCAAGAGGCGGAGGCGGAGCGGCUGUUCGAGGAGGAGCUGCAGCAGAACUGGGCCCGGCGCUCCGAGCAGUUCCGCAAGGAGCGCGAGGCCCGGGACCGCCUCAUGAGGGAGGUGAUGGACACCCGACGCGCCCAGAUACAGGAGAAACUGGAUCAGAACAUGGUGAAACAGGCUGAACUAGCCAGGGAGAAAGAGGAGCUGCAGAGCAUCAUCGAGCAGAGCAAAGAGCUGGAGAAAGAGGAGAAGGACAGUGUGAAGAGAGCCAGUCAGGAGCACCAGGCCGACCUGCUGUCCCAGAUCCUGGUCCGGCAGCGGCAGAGGGACACAGAGAGGGCGGAGCAGGAGCAGGAGCACCAGCAGGGCGUGGCCUUCCAGGAGCACUACAGGAAGAAGCUGCAGCAGGUGCUGAACCAGGCCCAGUCCAGCACUGAGCUCAUACACCCCUUCAGGAGGCCCAAGGCUGCUCCCUCCUGCCACGGGGAGUGACGGAGGAACACACACACACACACACACACACACAGAUAUACACACACACGCACACACACACACACACGCGCAUGCAGACGCACGCACGCUUACAGAUAGACACACACAGAUAUACACGCUGCACACACACAGAGGACUUAAGUAUGACAUAAGUGCACACACACACACACACACACACACACACAUCAAAACCCUUGGCACUCAAAGAUCCGCAGAGACAUUUAUGGUCUGAACAUUAAUCCGGAAAAAUCGUAUCCCUGAAUUAGCAGAUGAAAUAUGUCAUGAUUAUACCCAAGUUAUUCAGUAAGAAGCCAUUGCAAAGAUAUUCAUUA